AUGCCUCCAUCACUCCAACCUCUUUCCUCCACCCUAUCAAGCCUAACCGACCUCUACGAAUCCUACAUCCACCCUCUCCUCCCGAGCCCGCUCCAAGCCGUCUCAGCCCAACUCACACCGCUGGUCACAUCGACGCUCAAUCUCGCCUCGACCGGCGUCGGCUCGGCCCUGACGGCCGCGACGAACGGCGACAUCGUCUCGCUCGCGGCGUUCCUGGUCGUCGCGUACUUCUCGCUCCGCAUCGCAGACUAUGUCCGACGCAGCGUGGUCGCGUGGGUUCUGUUCCUGGUCAAGAUCGGCUUGCUGUUCCUGCUGGCCAACAUGGUCGUCUAUGUCAAUCGGUACGGCUGGGAGCGGGCGCUGAGCGAUGCAGAGUGGGCGGUCGGUUUGGUUUGGGGGUUUGUGGCGGACAAGCAGACUGGGAACAAGACGGGCGGAUGGUUGUCGGGGGCACGUGGAAGUGGAGGCGGGAAUGGGAAUUCGUGGUCUUUUGCAAAUGGGAAUGGCAAUGGGGGUGGUAGGGCGCAGGUGCCUUUGCAGCCGCGAGGAGGGAGGAAGAGAGCGGGAGGAUGGACGUGA